AUGUCGGAUAGCGAGUGGAGCUCUGACAGCGGUGUCUCAAACGCUGAGGCGAUCGCCGCUGCCUCCCUGAAUAAGCAUCUUGGCGAGCUCAUGACGUUGCAGCACCCGUCGCGCGUGACUCACCGCCGACCUGCUUACGCGACCUCUGAGGGCACGACGGCUUCAUCCGCCACGAUCUCGCAUACGCCUCGCGUUAGUGGCGAGGCGCCUCGCAAGCAAGCUCGUAUGGACAUUAGUAGCCUCAUCCGUCAGGCCCUCUCGCAGAGUAGUGCGCAUUGCACAUCCGCCAACGUCGAUGAAGUGGCGGGCCGAGUUGUCGCUGCGCUAAGACAGAAGGCUGGCGGUGCGGAGGUGGCCCGAGCGGUCACCCGCGCGCUUGCCGAUCCACUUAACGAAGAACUCAGAGAGAGCGUUCUCAGUGGUCUUCUGCGUCCUGAAGAGCUCGUUGCCCUCGACGAAGUGAGCCUCCUCAACCAAGCCGAGCGGUCAGUGCUGGCAAAGGCUCGGCGUGAGCGGCUGAAUCAGCACUCAGUGGAGUAUCUAGAGAGGCUCAACCUCACCGUUACAAACAUGUUAACCUGCCCGGAGUGUAGAUCUCAUGAGUGCUACGCGAACUUCCGCUUCACCGACUUUGUGAAGUGGCAGGGCGAUGAUCAAACGCCGACGCUGCAGCGGUGCUGCAGGUGCUCCGUAUCCUUCUGCAAUGAGCGCGGGAAGAGAGCAGCGAGUGCGCCUGGUGCUUGCCUGUGUGCGUGGGUUGCUGUCAAAGUGCUUUCUGCCACGACUGCUUCGAGGCCCUGUAUCCAUCCAUCCUCGAACCGCCACCGGACAGCGCGUCGAGGAAGCACACGCGAGACAGGAAAAAUAAGCAGGUUUUCUUCGUGUCGCACUCGGCACCACUUUUGUCAGAAAAGGUGA